UCCGUCGUCUUGCGCAUCUGUUACAUAAAAGCAGACUGAGCUACUGCAGCGUCUGAACUAGAAACAGGCAGCUACAACGGCCGGGAGGAUUCCUCAUGAGAAGAGCCCAUCUAAGGUGUCUCACCUGUAGUACUGCUGUCUUGUUUCAGAGAGGAAUCAGGAUCUACUAAUGCUGCUAUGGGCUUGCGUGCUGCUUUGCAGGAUAUGCAGUUCCAUUUGGAUGGAGAUGGGGUGGAGUGGAGCUACACGUGGCACUGAAGAUGCCAGCUGCCAUGGAUGUGUAUUGUAGCAGCGCCUACAGAACACUUCAGCUACUCUUACUCUUCAGUGUUCCUGCCUUGUGGAGUCAAAAACCUCUGUGAAACUUUGGAUGGAAAUACUGAAAUGAAUUUAGGAACUUUGAUGCUUUCAGACAUUGAAUUUUGAUUUAAUAAAUGACCACAAAUAAGAUACUGCCCAAACAAGCUGAAAUGACUUGAAGACCUUUGGUUCUGCAUUCCUUCCUUCUGAAGCAAUGGUUUUUUCCGCAAUGUUGACACUGGCCCACUCGGGGACCUCAAAUGCUACUUUUAUCGUUUAUGAAAAUGCCUAUACGAAUUUUACCACUCCCCAGUUUCUGCUUCGUAGCGGCACCACCCAACCACUGAGAUACAGUUCAGGUGCUGUGCUCACCACGGAGAGAAGCACUUUUCCAAUAAGCACUACAGCAAUCCUGCCGUCGCAAGAGGCUUUCAGGAGCUUGAGUUUGCCACUCCAGAUCAUUCUCUCUGCUGCUAUGAUAUUUAUCCUGUUGGUUUCUUUCCUUGGCAACUUUGUUGUCUGCCUCAUGGUCUACCAGAAGGCUGCUAUGCGAUCUGCAAUUAACAUUCUCUUAGCGAGCCUGGCUUUUGCAGACAUGCUGCUGGCAGUGCUGAACAUGCCUUUUGCUCUGGUAACAAUCAUUACCACUCGGUGGAUAUUUGGGGAUAUAUUCUGCAGAGUUUCUGCCAUGUUUUUCUGGCUUUUCGUCAUAGAAGGGGUAGCAAUUCUUCUUAUUAUUAGCAUUGACCGCUUUCUUAUCAUAGUUCAGAGGCAAGAUAAGCUGAACCCUUACCGAGCAAAGUUUCUCAUUGGGAUUUCCUGGGCAGCGUCCUUUGUUGUUGCUUUCCCGCUGUCAGUAGGGAACCCUAAUCUGCAGAUACCCUCGAGAGCACCUCAGUGUGUUUUUGGCUACUCCACGAGCCCAGGCUACCAAGCCUAUGUGAUAGUAAUAUUGCUGAUUUCUUUUUUUAUUCCGUUCCUAGUAAUGCUGUAUUCUUUUAUGGGCAUUCUCAACACCGUCCGCCACAACGCGGUUCGUAUCCACAGCCACCCGGAUAGCAUCUGCCUCAGCCAGGCCAGCAAACUCGGUCUCAUGAGCUUGCAGAGACCUUUUCAGAUGAAUAUUGAUAUGAGCUUUAAAACUCGUGCCUUCACAACCAUCUUGAUUUUGUUCCUUGUCUUCAUAGUCUGUUGGGCGCCCUUCACCACUUACAGCCUUAUUGCCACCUUCAACAGCCACUUCUACUACAAGCACAACUUUUUUGAGAUAAGCACUUGGCUCCUUUGGCUCUGCUACCUCAAGUCUGCACUGAACCCCCUGAUUUACUACUGGAGGAUUAAGAAGUUUCAUGACGCAUGCUUAGACUUGAUGCCCAAAUACUUCAAGUUUUUGCCACAGCUCCCUGGCCACACGAGGCGACGCAUCCGACCCAGUGCCAUCUAUGUGUGUGGGGAGCAUCGCUCAGUAGUGUAAAGCUGCAGCUGUUUGACAUGAUGAUGAUUUUCUUGGAUUAUUUGUUUUAAGCUUUGGUUGAUUUAUUGUUGUUGUUUUCUUUACUAUGGCUCCUUGAGAAUGGCCGUACAACUUGAUCGAAUGUUCCAACGCUCUGUGCAAUUUUGGGAAGAGAAGGGCGGAGGAGAAGCGAUUGGUUAGAGUUGGCUUUAUUACCAGAAUACAAUGUAAACAAAAUAACAAAUGUUACCUCUAGGAUUCCAUGGAAAUCCGUUCUUUUAAACAGGAAUUACAAUUGCAACACUACGUCAGGUUUAUGCUUACUAGGCCUGCAAUUGCAUCUAAUUGUAGGGUUUUUAUGCUGCUAAGAUACAGUAUAUUUAGUUGAUGUAAUUUUUCUGAGAAAUGUUGCUGCUGAUUGCCGAUAUAUUAGAGCCAAAAGGUCUCAUUAGAUGACUUCUAUUUAAUUUUAACAAUACUUCAGAAGUGGUGAUAGUGACACUAGAAAAUGUUUUUUAAUAUUUCAUUAUUUUUGUGCACUUUACAAAGUUUGCUACAGAAUUUGUUGGAAUGUUUUCUUCUGCAUCAAAGGGAUAUUAUGAUCAUUAUUCAUUACAUUGACGAGUUUUAAUGAAAAACACAUUUAAGCUCUAGGAGGGCAUUUUUUGUUGGGAUAUUUACACUUACAGCCACAGACUUGCUUUUUCUGAUCAUUUGUAACUUUUUACUGCUCAGUUAUUCAGGGAGUUGGAAGGAGAGAAUGGAGAAAUGAAAGCGAAUGAGUAUACCCUGUCCUGAGGUAUAGACUAAUGCAGAUUCUAGACAAAGAGACUUCAGGUGGAAAUUGGCAUAGGACAAAAGGAUUGAUGUGUAUGAUAUUUUUGCUUAUAAGAAACUGUCCAAAUAUAAUGAUAUGCCUGAAAGGUUAUUGGAAAUUAGGACUUGGGGCCUAAAAUUUGCAUUGCAUUGGUAUAAUGGAUUCUCCUUGGAGCCUGGUAUGCUCCUCGGAGGUGAGGUACGCUCUGUGUUGCUCAAACUCUGCUGUCAGAAUUUGUCAGAGCAGAAUUAGGGAUAUGAGGGCAAAGCAGCAAAGAUCAGAACAUGAACCAUGACAUAGGCUUAGUCUGCGUGCAAUGGCUGGAAAAGAAAAAAAAACAAACAAAAAAACUUGUUUUCCGGUUUCAAUGUCAAACGAAAACUAUAGGCUGGCAGUAAGGAAGAACAGCUGGCCAGCAGUUAAAUUUCCCCUUUUCCUCCUCUGAUAAUUACACAGAUUGAUUUUUUUUUCCACUUUCCCAUUGCAGUGCCUGCUGCCUCAAGGGUUUGCUCUGGUGCUCUCAUGUAUUAAAGAUCAGCUUCUCUCCCUGAACCACCUCUCUGACUAAUGUCAAGUUGUCUGGGUACCUGCCUUGAAAGUAGAAAGUCAAAGGUUUUCCAUCAUGAUAGCAAUCCACAUACCUAAAUAAGUAUGUGAAAAGUGAAUCAAAUUAAAACUUUGGAUUCAGACUUUGACGUUUGGUUGCUCUGGGACAAGGAGAGGAUGCAGACCUUGUGCAUAUUUGCAGUGGGCUUUUCAGGGACAUGUGUAAUUGAGAAGAAGAGAACAAAUGUAUAUCCAGUUGGUCCAGGCUUAGGCUUCUCUUGACUCCAGCUCUCCAGCUCUUUUCAGCACUCCAAAGCAUGAGGGCCUCUGCUCUGCUCUUGUCCCUGAGGAGCAAAUGUCUACAACAAACCAGGCAGGGGAUGAACUAAGUGUGUGAAGGAAAUGCUCUGUAAUCUCUCGAUGUCCAGGUGUUGCUUGCUUUCGGGGGACAUCUAAGCAUUUACAGCAUUUGUUUUAUUUAUAUCUUCAGCGAAGAACUGAUUUACUGGUAGUCUCUGUUUUUGCAAAAAUAUUAGUUAUAGUUAAAUUUCAGGAGUAUGAAAGGAAAAUAAUUACUUCAUUUAAAGAAAAAAAUGAAAAAAAAAAAAAAAAAACUUGCUCAUACACUGUUAAUCAAUAUAUUGUGGAUUCACCGUAAAGGUACCCAGGACGCUAUGGGAUUAUUGAUGUCUGUGCUUUCCAUUCCUGGUCAAAUCCACUGGCGACAAUAUGUUUUUUUGGUCAGAAUGACAAGUGAUAAAGGAGUUAUGCUGUUAAACACAAGUGUUUAAGUGUGUCUUUGCAAUAGAGCUUUUAUUUUUCAAUUAUAUUUACAUGGAUAGCAGAAGUUUGUGACCUGGGUGAUACGGAAUUUCUGUUUCCGAGCUGUAAUGCCGUUUUAUUUAUCUUUAUCAUUGAAAGCAGCAAAUUGUGCUUUACCCUAAUGAAAUACAGUGGGAAUAAACGCUCUGUGUGCUGGCAGGAGCAGGUUUUCUUGCUGUCUUCCAGAGCUAUGCACCAUCAGACCUCGCUGCGCUACUACAGACAUACUGCGACAUUGAAUCAAUGUCAUCAAGUGUAGUGAUUCAAGAAGGAAAGAAGAUGAGUAAUGCAGUAAAGUCAGUGAAAUUACUUGCUUGAAUAGGGAGGCAAAAUGUUUGGGGGGCAGAUUUUGUAAUAUCUGGUUUGUAUUGCUGUGUAGUAGAAGUUGCAGGUGUCGAUUUGUUUAAGAUAACUUGGUGCUGUAGCAGAGUUUCUGUUCAGAGCUGGGUCAGUUGAGGCUCAGAAAAGAGACCCUGUACUGCCCAAAUCCAAAAGCAACUUGAUGAUGCAGUAUUUACACUUACUAGGUUUUACAGAUGAUCAGAGCAUACAGUGAAUACA